AUGUGGGUGGUCAAAGUGGCAAAGAGAUUUGGAAGCAAAUGCCUGACCCUAGCUAGGUGGGCAGGCAAAUGGAGCUCAGAUGGUUCCAAAGUCGAAAAUCCUCAAGAAAUCACGAAUGAUAACCAUCGCCUUGGUGUAUACAUGGUCGCAAUGGGUUUUGAAUCUACGCAAUUGAAUGAAAAGAAGACUGCAACUGACGUCCCGCAAUUGUUGAAAUUUAUUUUAAAUGUUAACAGUAUUGCAGGUCAUUAUGCUGAAUACGUUAAUGAAUUGCUUACUGGAAGUGGAAAAACAUCAUUGGUUCUACUUUACAACUUUACGAAUUACUAUAUGCAACGAAUACAAUAUAAGAAUAACUCACUUACACAUUGUCGCAAGCCAACGAGUAUUCGUGAAAUGUUAUAUUGGUUGAUGGCUCUACCAUAUUCACCAGUGUACAGUAAAAUCGACAGUAAUACGUUAAAGGAAAUAGCUGGAAAAGACAGUUUUAUCAAAACUUCAGCCAUUACUCUGAAACUCGAAGAAGCCUGUAAUUAUUUGCUUCCACCUUGUUGUAGUGCUGGGUUCGUUCUCUUGAUAAUUGAAGGUGAAUUGCGAGGUAAAGACACAAAGUCCGUUGGGCAUGUGGAUGGGCAUGGUGUAAAUACGGUACAGGCGUGGCGGGGUGAAGAUAUUAAAUCGUGGUUGUGUGAAAGCAAUACGCCUCAUGAUCCAUCAAGUCACAAUGAUCCUGACAAAUGCAAACUUUGGGACGGUCACUUGGCAAAAUGCGGGGAAAGUAGGACACGUUCUCCCCUCCAAGCAUUCCUAUGUGACGAACUACCAGGUUUUAAAUGCGAAUGCCCUAAAGAAACGCUUACGUUGCCAUAUGAUGAGCAUAUAAAUCAUCUAUCCUUAAAUCAAUUGUUUACAAUUACCAUGGGUUUCGCAUCACACCUACACACCAAACGUUAUGGAAUUUACCUAUUACGGAUGUUAUCUAUAUACACUGAUGAAAAAAUCACGCACGCAAGUAUAUAUAAUAUAAUUCUCUGCCUAAUAUGUUUCAGCUUACGCACGCCCCGUACCGUAGGCGAUCUGUUUGGAUUUUUUGUAACUUUAGGAAAUAUGCUUAGUAACACACUUACGAAUCGUACUAUUGUAACUGAAAUCGAGAUAAGUAAGGCUUUGGAAACAGAGGUAGCUAAAGUGUCAUCCGGAGAAUAUGGUAAUGAAUUAACUAAAGCAGUUAUAAGACUUACUGGUAAGUAUGUAGGUGAUAAACCAAACGAAGGAAAGACUAUUUACGGUCAUAAUCAAGGCUACGUCUCCCUGAACAGCAUAUACAACAGUCCUUGUUCCAAUGCCGAUAGGUAUGGCAAAGCCAACGGUAAUACGUGCGGUAAAUAUCUAGGAUUUUAUUCUUGGGGUAUAUACUGCAAUGUUUCUACGGAUUUUGUUAGCUCCUAUAUCUCCAGAAUAGUCUAUCUUGCUGAGGAGUUGAAAAAGGGUCUGGCGGAGUUGCUUGAAGCUUCAGAAUGA